AAGGAGCGCUACAUGCGCGAGGAGAAGCACCAGAUCAGCGCCGCCUACGAGCGAGACAGGGAGAGGCAGGGUCCGUUCGAGAUGGAUCAUCGCCUGGCAGUGAAGCAGUACUCCAGGAGUUCAGCCGAUCAGGAGGAGCCGCUGCCGCACGAGCUGCGCACCCCGGCCGCCCUGCUGCUUACCAUGGACUACCUGGUCACGCACGUCAUGGACGCGGAGUCACGCGACUCUGGCGACUGGUUUCACUUUAUCUGGGACCGUACGCGCGGCAUCCGCAAGGACAUCACGCAGCAGCAGCUGACGGACCCAGUGUCGGUCGGCCUGGUGGAGAAGUGUGCCCGCUUCCACGUGCACUGCGCCUCCGCCCUCUGCGAGCUGCCGCGCGACAUGUUCGACCAGAAGAUCAACAACGAGAACCUCACCAAGUGCCUGCAGACCCUGAAGCACAUGUACCACGACCUGGCGCUGCGCGACGUGCCGUGUCCCGGCGAGCCCGAGUUCCGCGCCUACGACAUCCUGCUCAACCUCAACGAGGGCGACAUCCUCAGGGAGGUGCAGACUUACAGCGACGCCGUGCGUGAGUCGGCUGAGGUGCAGUCGGCGCUGCGCGUGUACGUGGCGCUCUCCACCAACAACUACGUGCGCUUCUUCAAGCUGGUGCGCCGCUCCGCGUACCUGCCCGCCUGCCUGCUGCAGCGCUACUUCAACCAAGUCCGGACGCGCGCUCUGGACGUCAUCACGCGCACCUUCUGCCCGCCCAAGAAGGUGGUCGAGUUUCCGCUGAGCGAGCUGCAGCAGACGCUGGGCCUGGAGAGCGAGGCCGAGUGCGCCUCGCUGCUGCGUCAGCACGGCCUCGAGUCGGAGCAGGGCACC